AGCGUUAUCUAUAUUAUCCGCCAUGGUUAUCUUCGUUCUUAUGGAACCCAAGGACCUCAUUGAAGUAAAAGUAUUCACUUCCGCAAUAUUUGCUGAACUAUAGUUGUUUAAUGUGAUAGUUUGUUAAUAACAAAUUCCCUAUGGAAGCUGCAAAGAAUUUGUUUAGCUCACCCCCGCUUCCGUCAAGAACUAAUCACUGGAGCGGUUCUCCUUCGUCUUCUUCAUCUUCUUCUUUAGCUUUCACAUUUCAUGAACAAGCCACUCCCGCGGUUACCUCUAGGUCUGCCAGUUUCGCUGCUCAGCAUUUUCCCACCUCGGUUCUUCUACAAGAGCAACGUGAUGAGUACAGACCUACACUGCGCAUGCAUAAGGAAGAAAAGACAUCCCAGGCGACAUUAAAUACAAGGCAGAUAGAUAUGGCCUCAGUUCGUGAGGACAAUAACCCUGGUAACACUGAUCAGCUGGUGCAUGACUUUAAGCAGCAAUUGCAAAGUUGGCCUUGUUUACGGAACUUGUUGACUUCCUUACCGGCAGAGGAAAUUGCCACAUCUUCAACCCUGCAGCCUGAUACCAUUGAUACAGGGAAUUCUGCAGAAGUUGAAGAGCAUGAUGCAGUUGCUCUUGCUAAGCAAGCAUUGUCAGCCUCGAAACAAGCUGCCUCAAUAGCUGCAGACUUGAAAUCAAUUAAUGCUGAGGAUGGUGUUUUACCUCCUCUAGGUUUGGCCUCCACUAGUUCGGAUGACAUUUCACUUGGAAAGAAUAAAACUGUGAGGUCAACACGGCUUUUAGAGAGACAAUCAAAGAAGAGAAAAAAAUCGAAGGCAAAACUUUUGGAUGAAGAAAGCUAUCUUUCUAAAAAGGCUGAAGUCAAAGCAAGGUUACAUGUAGAAAAGAAGAUAAGUGAAGGCUUUGAUCAAAAUGAUCCCCUGCGCUUGUUCCUAUGGGGUCCUGAAACAAAACAACUUUUGACUCUUGAAGAAGAAUCACAACUGAUUCUUCAGCUACAGGAUUUAUUGAGAUUGGAAGGAGUAAAGCACAGACUUCAAUCACAAUUUGGGCGGGAACCAACUUUGGCUGAGUGGGCUGAUGGUGUGGGCCUUUCCCGUCAAGCCUUGCAAUUACAGCUUUAUUCUGGUAACAGCAGCAGAGAGAAGCUGAUUUAUGCUAAUUUACGAAUGGUAGUUCACAUUGCUAAACAUUAUCACGGGCGUGGUCUCAGUUUUCAGGACUUACUGCAGGAGGGAAGUAUGGGGCUUAUGAAGAGUGUUGAGAAGUUUAAACCCCAAGCAGGUUGUCGUUUUGGUACUUAUGCCUACUGGUGGAUAAGGCAAACAAUUAGGAAGGCCAUAUUUCAACAUUCCAGGACAAUUCGUCUGCCGGAGAAUGUAUACACCCUUUUGGGCAAGGUAUCGGAAACAAAGAAAUUGUACAUUCGAGAAGGAAAUCUUCAUCCCACCAGGGAGGAGCUGGCAAGAAGGGUAGGAAUUACAGUAGAGAAGUUAGAAAAGUUGCUAUAUGUUGCAAGAAUUCCAAUUUCAAUGCAACAAACAGUGUGGUCAGACCAAGAUACCACUUUCCAGGAGGUUACUGCAGACACGGCAAUUGAGGUUCCAGAUGUGAGUGUUGCAAAACAGCUGAUGAGGCGGCAUGUGCGAAACCUUUUAAGUAUCUUGAGCCCAAAAGAAAGGAGGAUAAUCCGGCUAAGAUUCGGUAUCGAGGAUGGUGAACAGAAAUCAUUAUCUGAGAUCGGAAACACAUUUGGUUUAUCUAAAGAAAGGGUUCGACAGUUAGAGAGCCGAGCAUUGUACAAGCUGAAGCAGUGCCUUGGCAGCCAGGGACUUGGUGCUUAUGCGGAAUUGCUCAUGUAGAUCAGUAAACAAGGUUGUGCUGUUAAUCUUUCAUGGCUGUUUUUUUUUUCCCGGCUGACCUGGCUAAGUACGAGAGCAGUAACAAUCAAGCUUUUGGAGGCAAAUCUGACGCUAAGCCAUGGUUCAUUUCUUAAAAGAACCUAGAGGCUUGGCAGUUGGAAAAAGAAAAUUGAAGAUUAUAUAUACAUGUUAAUAUUGAAAUGACAUUCUUAAAAUAUCUGAUAAUUAUGGAAGAUCAGAAUUAUAUUGCAGAUGAUUGAUAAUGGACUGCAA